AUGUUUAAAUUUCGGGGGUUCAGAGCCUCCUUCGAUUUUAUUACGGGAAAGCAAAGAGGCUUCGAUUGUGACUUGACACCUGUGUCAAUAAAUGGAUCGUAUAGGACAUGCAGGGAUGAAAAUAAUGUCUUUGAAGACACUUUCAAACCACAUAGAACAAUUGUUCCGUCAAUGGUACAACUGCCUCCCAGUCAAUCCACUACACCUAUGAAACAAUCGAAAAGUUCCGAAGACCUACUAACGCUAGAACCAGCACAAAACGUAAGAAAGAGUGCCCCUGAUCUUUCCUUUCCUGAACAAACCAACAAUACCUCAAUUAAAGAACAAAAGAGAUUAGAUAAGCAACGAAUGAUCGAACAAAAGAACCAAGAAAAAUUGGCCGCUAAGGAAAAGCAAAAGCAAGAGAAACUAGCUAAAGAAAAACUAAAACAAGAGAAGAUAUCCAGGUCAAAAAAGAAAAACGCUCCUACACCCCCGCAACCUCCGAACCAAAAUGUUCCACCUAGCCAACUAUCUCCUAUCAACCAACAAACGCUGCAAAAUCAAAAUUACUCUAAAACCCAACAGGAAACACCAAAGCAAAACGCACCACCAGUACCGAAUACCAAUAUCAGACCGCUCGCAGAAGACACUUCUCUUAGUCAACCCCCUCCACCACCUUACGGUGAGUUCCCGGAAAUCAAAGUAGACGAUGCAAGAAGCAACAUAACUUUUGGAAAACCAGUAAAUGACAGUAGCUGGGAAUUAAUAUCGGAACACCGAGAACAGAUGAGUAAGCCUACAUCUUCCGCUCCAAUCGCACCAAAGAGAAGAAAAGACAUGGAAUACAAUGUUGGGAGUUUACGACUUGGUGGCAAUAGUGAGGCUAGAUAG